CGGAAAGGUAUUCUUCGACUGCUUGAAUCGUGAAGAAAAAGACACGUUUGCAGCAACGUUGAUUUUUGAAGAAUGAAAAACAUUGUUGUGGAUGGCAAUUUCUGGAUGGAUGGGCUAAGAUGAACCUACAUCCAGACAUGAACUGCUUGAUCUAUUUUACCAGAUGAACCCAGAACUAGACCUUUAUAAGAUUCUGUGAUAUUAUUACAAGAUGAACUUAAUGAAGGCACCAAGGAGAAAGAUCAUUAGACUUUUGAAGAUAAUUUCAGCUAUCUUUAUUUUAUUUAUUAUCAUUUUUUUCUUAAGGGGUGCAUUUUCCCAAAAGAAAAAUGUUUUAGACUAUUUUUAUUCGACGUUUCAAGUUGGUGAUUUUGAGUUGGAUUGUUCAACCGGUAUUUACACAUUAACAAACAAAGGAGAAAAAUAUUUAUCGGUGUCCCUGCCGAUCGAUGUGCAGAAAGGCCCUCAUCCCGUCUGUAACCCGUCAGAUUCUAAGGAUAAACACAAGUUAUGUUUGGAGUGGGAUAGCAUCGGUAAAUUAGAAGUUAUCGAAGCUAUCCAUGAUGACAUUGUACGUUGUUAUAAUAUCGUUUGGACAUCGAAAACCCCCAAAUUUUCUCCAUUUGAUUGCUUUUCGUUAUCUGGUGGUCACUGGUAUGGUGGCUCCGCGUUGAAAUCACAACAAUGGCCGCUAGAAGAGGUUUCGAUAAAGUUGCAGCCGUACAUAUCUGCCACGUUGACAGGGGAUUACGAAACUAUCGGAGCAUUUGGACCGAUGAUCGAACGUUAUUGGAUAAAUUCUCAAGGUGUGGGUUUGUUCGUUGAUAACUCUGUUCCACUUCAAGUGAGUAUCAAUCACGGGGAAGAAAGGUAUCUAUGUUUGAAAUCGGACUAUACAAACAGCAACGUGUAUCCAAAUCCUGAAAAUAAUCCACCGGUCUUAAAAUACACGGUUUGCAAAGCUCCUGACGUCAUGCAAGUCCACAAAUUUUUAUUUAAGAAAUCUUUUGAUUUACCAUUGGACAUGCCUGAUGCCAAUAUCAUGCGCUAUCCGAAAUGGUCAACCUUUUCGCGAUUUCAACAGAAUGUUUCUCAAAGCAAGGUUCUUAUGCUAGUCAAUAAUAUCAAAAAGUAUAAAUUUCCGAUUAGUCAGUUGGAUAUUGAAGAGGGUUAUGAAAGAGGAAUCGGAGAUUUCCAUUUCAACGAUAAACUAUUCCGUAACUCUCAUCAAAUGAUUGGAGAGUUCAAAGAAGCAAAAUACAAAGUAAUAACUUCUGUGAAUCCAUUUGUGGAUAAUAAUUCUGUAAGCUUCAUGGAAGUCGGCAGCCAUAAAUAUUUCAUGAAGGGAGAUAACCAACAGUUGUUUAAUUUUUCUUUUAGAAAUAAGACAGUGUCCUUGGUCGAUUUCACAAAUCCUGAGGCAUUGAAAUGGUUUAAAACAAAGUUAGAUGCUUUAAAAACUGAAUAUUUAAUGGAUAGUUUUAAGUUUAAUUUUGGUGAAGCUAGUUUCAUAUCAACAGCUACUCAUUCUUCAAGCAUUUUACACAAUCCAUGUGAAUUCACGACAAAAUAUGUGGAACUUGCGCACACGUUUGGAAAGCAAGUUAUAGUGACCGCUGCCCAUCAAACUCAGAAAUAUCCAGUGUACGUAGAAAUAGCUGCGCGAUCUUCCACUUGGAGCAGUGUGGAUGGCUUGCCGAGUUUAAUCCCAACUGUUUUAACUUACGGUAUACUGGGAUAUCCUUUUGUGAUCCCAGGACCUAUUGGGGGAUUUUCCCAAUCUAUUAAUGAAACAACAGGAAUUCCCUCAUUACCAGAUCGAGAGUUGUACAUAAGAUGGUUGACUAUGUCCGCUUAUUUUCCGGUCAUGCAGUUUUCUGUAGCACCAUGGCAGUAUGAUGAAGAAGUAGUGAAGAUUGCUCAAGAUUUUGUUAGAAUUCAUGAAACUAAAGUUUUGCCAGUUCUUCUACUUGCAGCUAAAGAAUCGUUAAGUUAUGGAUAUCCUUUAAUAAGACCAGUGUGGUGGAUAGCGCCAGAAGAUUCAACAGCAUUAAGAAUUGACUGUGAAUUUCUUGUGGCUGAUGUUUUAUUAGUGGCACCAGUUCUAUAUUCUGAUUCCACUCAAAGAGAUAUUUAUUUACCCCAAGGCAGUGAAUGGGAGGAUCAGUUACGUGGAAAACAUUAUAAAGGGGGACAAUGGUUGACAGGUUACAAUGUCAAACUUGAUGAAAUUCCGACAUUUUUCAGAUUGAAAUCACCCAUUUAAUCAACUUGACAUUAUUUCAUUGUUCUGGGCCCUUAUUCACGAAAACUUAAACUAAGUUACAACCGAAAUUUUAAGAAAUACUGCAACUUCAUUGGAUAUAUGCAAAUUGAUUUUACUGGUCAGCCAAUUGAAUUGCAGUAUUUCUUAAAAUUUCGAUUGUAUCUUAGUUUAAGUUUUCGUGAAUAAGGGCCCUGUUGUGGUUUUUGAAACUUUAAAAGUUUUAUUUUCCAAAUAUUGGUGUACAUGUAUAUGGAGUGUUGUAAGCACGUUAUUUUAUUCUUUGUAUUUGUAUAUUAGUUGGACCCAUUGGAUAUAUAUUGGGGGGGGGGGUGGAUGGCUGAAUGGUUAGCGUGCGCGCGCUGUAUCAUAAAGUUUGUCAUUGAGUCGACUGGCGUGGUUUCGAAUCCCCGGUUAUACGUGGCAAGGAGUAGGGUCACCUGUCAAACCUCGUGGGUUUUCUCCGGGUCCUCCGGUUUCCUCCCACUGCUAAAGACCCCUACGCGCAAGCAAAUUAUGUAAAUAAAAUUAAACCAUAUGUUAGCCCCGAAAUGACCUAGUUUGUGUCGAGUGGACGUUAAAUACAUUAUAAUGGGUGUAUCUGAUUAUAAUCAGAUUUUUUUCAAUUUGUUUAUUUGUUUUCUGCUAGUUUACAAUUACCGUAGAUGGUAAUGUUUUGGCAUUAUUCGAAAAGCUGCAUUUUCACUGGCAGUUUGUAGUGUUUACAUGUAUGUAAGGAUGUGACACAAUGAUGUUAAGUAAAAUUUAGUUCAGGAAGUUUGUAAAUACAGAAUACCUAUCUUAAUACUAAUAUUAGACGUUCUGGCCCCAGUUUCACAAAAGCAUUCUCAGACUGAAGUUAAGAAUUUACUCAACUUUCAAUCACUGUUUAUGAGAAAUACCUUUGACCCAGCAACACAGAAAUUUGUACAUACAUGUAGUUUCUUAUUGAUGUAUUUGACAUAUUAAAACAACAAAAGUUUUAUAAAGGACUACGUUAAAAAAACGCGAACAAUUUUACUUAAAGUGCACAUAAGAUGGGCUUGGAAACUUUUGGAUAUGUGUAGCCAAUGGUUACUAUAUCAACUUUACGGCAAGUUCACACCAAUCUGAUUGAAAUUAAUUCAGUUAUCUUCACUCAAAGUCGUAAAAAUAGACCUCCCUUAAAAACGACUUUGCCAAUUAUCGAAAACACUCUUAAUCCCCUCAGACGCCAGGGACGUCACAGUGACCAAAUGCAUAUUCGGAAUGUUUAUUCCUUAAUUACCUAUAUACAACCGGCGUGUGUACUCAUUAACGCCUGACUGGUUCCUUAAUCCCCCUUAGUUCCUUAAUUAAAUAAAACAACUGACUACGGAAUAAUUUGUUUUGUAAUUCAUUUUAAUUUAUGAUUCAAUUUAGAAUUUGUUUCUCAUGACAGGAAUUUUAAUACCCUCUAACAUCGUGUGCAGUCCAAUUAAUUAGAGAUACAUUUUCGUAUUGUGGUUCUAAUUUCCGCGAGUAAAAAAGUACAGUGUUAAAAAGAUGUGGUCAUGCAAAUUGUAUCAUAAAAGUCAAACAUGAUUGAAAAGCGAUUUGUAAAUGACGAUCCGUUAUCAUCGUACGACGGAUUUGACUUCAUUACUCUGAAAUAGACCGUAAAAAUGAAAUGCGAAAAAAUAUCUCAAUAUACAGUACAAAUAAUUUUUGAGGGUAACCAUCUAAAUGGAAUAACAGACAGAUUGAGAAGUUUCAUCUAACUAUCUUUGUGUAUUGAUAAUAAUAUGACAAGUAGUGUCGUUAAUAUCUGUCAUUAAUUAAUCAAUGCGACUAAACUUAUACAGACUUGGGGGUCAUUAAUUAAUUUACAUCUCGGUGUUAGCAGUGAUUGUUAGUGGGAUUAAUAAUGCUGAUUAGGUAAUUAUCUUUUUUACGCUGGCCAGAUCAAAGACAUCACUCUAGGUGGAACGUGUGCGUAGUACCCACAAAUGAACUAAUGGUAGAAUCAUACACACACAUAUUGAUUGUAUAAAAUAAUUAAGAUUUACUAAUAAGUUUGUUUAAAAUUACUAUAUACCCAAUAAUUAUUGCUCACCGGUGUUUUUGUAAUCAAGUG